AUGCCCGGCGCCCCCACGGGGUCCUCCUCCGCCGUGACUGAUCACGCGCGGACGCUCCUCGACGCGUAUGCGGGCCGUGAAGGCGAUCUGCUGGAGGAACUGAGGCAACGCAUGGAGAGACGCACAGGGCGGCAACAGGGAGUUGCAGCCCAACCUGAGCGCAGUGAGUUGCGCAGUCCAACGGGCGCCGCCUCCACGCGGCACCCAUUCGUUGACGGUCAGCAGCGGGAUGAAGAGGAGUCAGGGGAGGAGGAGGAAGAGGAGGAGGAGGAGGAAAUUACAGUUGAGUCCAUCAGAUGUCACGUUGAGAGCGGUAUCGGCUUUGCGUCGCCGCUGCACCGGCGGCGGUGGGAGGAAGCGUGGCUGGGAGCACUGCCGCUCUCAGCGUACAUGUACAAGUGGGGUGACGCCGUUGUACACCAAGGCGCCGGCUACAAACUCACCACGCAUGGAGGACUCGUGCGGCGGUGGGCGCGGCGGUAUUUCGUGCUGGCGUGGUCACUGCUGUACGUGUUCGACGACCGCGGCGCGAAAGGCAAAUGCCGUGGGGCGGUGUACAUGCAUCGUGCGGGUGUGCACCAGACGUCUGCGAACGGCCGUCCCGCUAUUGUCAUAACGCCGGUGACGCAGAAGAAGCCGUCGGAGCUUGGCGCGGAGGAGUUCGCGAGCUUCACCAUGUCGGUGGACGCGGUGCGGCUGCUGGGUGUGUGGCUCGGCGCCCUGCAGAAGACAAGCGUCGCCCCGCUCUCACCGACAUCGGUGGCGUGCCGCAGCACACCGCAGCGCAGUGCCAAUGUGGCCACUGCGCCGGAGACAGCACCGGUGAACGUGUUGAGGCACGAGCAACCGGUUGAGCGUAACGAGGAGAAACAACUGUCGCAGACGCCACAACGAGAGAAGCAGCGGCUGCAUAUAGUGAGUGUAGACUGUUCAGGUCACAGCGAGGACCGGGACACUGUUAUCGAAGAGUAUCGGCAUCAGCUGCAACGUGUAGUACUGAAUGCCUCUAACGUCAAGGCGCGGCUUCGCCGUAUCGCGGCAAAGAAAGACAAACAGCAACUUGGGGAACUGCUGCUGCAGUUCGUGUUGAACCGUGUUGACGACGCCGCUGGGCUGUGGGCGCUCAUGGACCAAGUGGAGGAACUGCCGGAUGCGCCGCCACACACACCUCCUGCUUCAACAGCUUGUGUGGCGGGGGAGAAUCACAGCACGGGGCCGAUAUCGCCACAGUCUGCUUCGCCACGAAGCGGCGUUGCCAACGGAGGCGCCGCAGUAAAAGGCGCCCCGCUGUACAUCACGCCGAUCCCGGUUGAACGGCAUAUGUUUUCCCCGCAGGAAAGAACGGGGGAUGGAGGUACGGUGCAGCGCAUUAACGACAGCAAGAACAACGCGGUUGAAAGGGGUGAAGAAGAAGAAGAAGAGGAGGAGGGUGGCGUGUUUGGCGGCGCAGAUGCGGCGCUCUUCUCAGCUGAGACGGGCUCCGCGUGGCGGCAGCGAAUGCGGAGGCUGCGGGACCGCCAGCGCGUUGUUGACAGCAUCCUCAGCGAACUGCCGAGCAUGUCGUGA